AGAAGUCGACUUGGUUUUCCCUCGAGCUUGGGACAGUGGUAAUCAUGGCGCCUCCCGUGAGGUACUGCGUUCCCGGCGAACGUCUGUGUAACUUGGAGGAGGGCAGCCCGGGCAGCGGUACCUACACCCGGCACGGCUACAUCUUUUCGUCGCUUGCUGGCUGCCUGACGAAGAGCAGCGAGAAUGGCGCGCUUCCUGUCGUGUCUGUGAUGAGAGAAACAGAGUCCCAAUUACUGCCUGAUGUGGGGGCUAUUGUAACCUGUAAGGUCUCUAGCAUCAAUUCACGCUUUGCCAAAGUACACAUCCUAUAUGUGGGGUCCACACCACUUAAGAACUCUUUUCGAGGAACUAUCCGCAAAGAAGAUGUCCGAGCUACUGAAAAAGACAAGGUUGAAAUUUACAAGAGUUUCCGCCCAGGUGACAUUGUUUUGGCCAAAGUGAUCUCCUUAGGUGAUGCACAGUCCAACUACCUCCUGACCACUGCUGAGAAUGAGCUGGGGGUCGUGGUGGCCCACAGUGAAUCGGGUGUCCAGAUGGUGCCCAUCAGCUGGUGUGAGAUGCAGUGCCCUAAGACCCACACUAAAGAAUUCCGGAAAGUGGCUCGAGUACAGCCUGAAUUCCUGCAGACCUAAGAAGUCACGUUUUACCCCUUGGAGGGGGGUAAGCUGUUUCUGAGAGUACAUGUAUGAAAGUAACAUCAACAUGCCAUUGUCUUUAUUCAAACACCUGGAGCAACCACCUCUAGAACAAUCUACCAGAGACUUAGUCUGUAGGUGGAACAUUUUUCCUGUGAACCUUUCAGUGGAUUUCAUUCUCUUGGGUGAUAAGUUCCUCUUUCAGAGGCACCAGCAAACAAACUGUAUAAUGCUGGAAAUAGCCUAUUCCUUCUGACAGUCUUCUAAAUACAUAUUUUUUGCUAUUGACAAAGAAAAUAUUUUUAAAAAAGGAUUUUAUGGUUUCUGUUGUCUUGAGUAGGGAAAGGAAUCUAAAUGGGGUCAUGACAUUUAGAGCAGAGGUCUGCUUGGUGGCACCCAUUAACUAACGUGUCAAGUGCUUGCUUGCUCUGGACAAAGCCUAAUCUCUAGUCUUUAUAUUUCUUAUGUUCUGUUUUAAGUACUUUUGCUUAUUGAGUCCUUACUAUGUGCCAGCCACUGGUCAAGCACUCUAUAUACAUUCCCUCAUUUAGAGAGAUUAUGGUUUAGUGAAAAUUAUAGGACGCAUGUGCUGAUUCAGGUAGCCUGAAUAGUUCUGAAAGUCAUCUGGUCAACAUAAUAUUACUGAUAUAGUGGGUACUCCAGGAAAUGUUCCUUAAAUCUGAAUUGGAAAGAGGGGGAGAGCACUAUCACGUGAGGUGGCCAGGGAGGGAUUUGUGACAUGAGGUAAAAGAAAUUAAAGAACUUAGAUAAGUGAAGAUAUUCAAGGCAGAGAGAGAAGCCCAGCAAACUACAGAAGCAGAACUGAACACUUAGGUUUGAGGAUGAGGAAGGGAUGAGGGUUAAGCGUGGAGAAGUUGCAGAGGGAAUGGAAGGAAAGACGAAUUAUGAGAUUUCACUUCUUGAGAUGCUCUUUGAGGAGCCCAUAUCUUCUUUGUGUAGUGAUGGUGGUUGAGGGUGAGCUUGGGAGUCAGCCCACCUGGGUUUGUAUGCUUGAGUUGCUAGCCUUGAGCAGGUUAGGUUGUUUUGUUUUUUAACUGAAAAUUUUAUUGAGAUAAUUGUAGGCCCAUGUGCAGUUACAAGAAAUAAUACAAAGAGAUCCCUUGUAUGUUUUUCCCAGUUUCCCCCAAAGGUGUCAUUUUGCAAAAUUAAAGUAUAUUAUAACAAUCA